CCACCUGACUUGUAUGCAUUCUCAUUGGAAUCUCAGACAGACAACUACUAUAAAAAACUCUUUAUCACUUCUUCUUCACCCUCUUUGUCUUUUACCUUCUCCGCCUCCCUCCGAUCCCUCUUUCUCUCUCUCCUUAGGACUCAUGGCUUCCAUGGCUGCUGGCUCUAUUUCCCUGAAUGCUCGUCCUCGCCAAAUGGCAACAGCUGUUAAAGGUUUUAGCCAGGGAAGCAGAAGCAAUCUUUCUUUUACCCUUCGCCCCCUUCCUACCCGCUUGAGCGUUUCUUGCGCUGCAAAACCUGAGACAGUGGACAAAGUGUGUGAAGUCGUGAAAAAGCAACUCUCACUUAAAGCGAGUGACGAAGUUACGGCUGCCACCAAAUUUUCUGCACUUGGUGCUGAUUCUCUUGAUACGGUUGAGAUUGUGAUGGGCCUGGAGGAAGCGUUUGAUAUUGAAAUGGAGGAGGACAAAGCACAGGCGAUUGAGACAGUUGAGCAAGCUGCUGAGCUCAUUGAGGAAAUUUUGAAGGCAAAGGCUUAAGUUUUAUUUCAGAACCAAUGGAAACACUGAACCCAAUCCCCACUAUCUUGUUAUUGUUUGGUUUUAGCUAGAGACCACUUAUGUCUGUUGAGAUUUAUGUUUCGUUUGGGCAAAUUAUUUACAAGGCUUGUAUUUGACUUUUUUUUCAUCUUUAACUUUUUUACCUCCAUUCUCCAGAAGUUACCUUUUUAAUAUAUGUUGUUGCAAAAGAAAAUGUAUCUGUUAAAGUUUUAAUCGUA